UGUGCAUGAAUUUUGCUUGUGUACAAAAUUGAAAAUUCAUGUAGCCGUGUCGCUUUUUUAUCAUUAAUUAAAACAGUAUUUUCCUGACAAUAUUUCGCUAUAUUGUGACGUUAUAAUGUGAGACUCUUGCAGACUUGUUAUCUUUUCUUCUUUUCUGUUUAAAUUCAAUAAACAUGUCGGUCAGGGACAAGUGGGUACGCCGGUUUUCUGUUGACGAAACUGCAAAACACAAAAAUGGCUUCACAAUGUACAAGAUUACAUCUGUUCUGUUCCCCCUCAAGUCCCCGGAGGCAGUGACGGUGGUGUCAGUGUGGAAGAGGUACAGCGACGUGCAGCGCCUGCACAAGGCCAUGAGCUCGCUGCAUGCGGGGCUGCACCUCCGAGGCACUUUCCCAGCCCUGGCCAAGAGCAACUACUUCAAAAGAUUCAAUGAGGAGGUAAUAGAGGAAAGAGCGAAAACAAUAAAAGCGUUACUGGAAUUUGUGGCUGAGCACAGGUUGCUGUUCACUAGCACUGAUUUUGUUAAUUUUCUGCAGACAGGUUACCCUGAACCAGAGCCUACACCUGGUGGAGUGAUCAACGCCAUCCGAUCAUCGUUACACUUGCCUAUAGAGGACACACCGCCUCUAGAGUACCAGACCUCUGAUGACGAAGCCAGGACCCCUAGUGCCCAAAUCCCACAAUCUUCACAACGCGCAGACAGCCAACCACAAAUAGACACCAUAGACGUAUCACAGAUACCAAUAUACGAAGCAGCAGACGUCGAAAUCCGGGAAUCACCGAAAACGACCGAACAACUAUCCAAUAGCAACAGCUUCGAAUCACUAAACUCUUUAGAAAGCUUAGGGAGCGAUCUUUUCGAUGAACUGAAUAAAGUUACCAUAGACAGCAAAAAAACGUUUGUUAAGAAAAAUGUGUUGCCAGAUUUGAUAAACUUUGAUGCGCCAUCUACUUCUAAGUUUGAAGAUUAUCAUACUAUGCCAAAUAUGGACGCUGAUGCUGCAUCGUUAAAUUCCUCUACAAAUGAUCCAUCAAGUUCUACUUAUGAGGAUUCUCGGAGGAGUAGUUCUAGAGUGUCGUUGUAUAGCAAGAGGAGUGUUCUGUCCUUGUCUAACGUGGAGAGUAAGACGAGGACGGAGGAUAGUUACAUCUUCGAGGCGGGGUAUAUGCUGAACUUGGCUGCGCGUUGCGAGGACGUGGGCGACUAUCAGAGAGCCUUCGAGUGUUACAAGUCGGGUAUAGAGAAGAUGCUGAUUGGUGUACAGACGGACACAGAUCAACAGAGGCGUGCUUUAAUCAAGGAGAAAACAAAUAAGUACCUCGCGUAUGCUGAAGAUAUAUACAAAAACCAUCUCUGCAAUACAGACCAGAGCCUAUUGCUAGAGAGAGAGGACAGCAUGUCCCGUGUACACUGUGGCAUCCCUCUGUCCAUGCUAGAGAAGCCGUAUGAAGAGCUAUCCUUAUACAGGGUGCUUGCCGUACUAGGAUCCACUAUGAUGCUGGUGCUGAACAAGAAUGAUCACACGUGCUAUGCUAUGAAGGUCAUACAAAAAAUUCCAAACAAUCUAAUGGAGUUCGACGAUUACUUCCAACAAAGGACCAACGAGACCCGACAGCCAAUACUGCCGACCGUCAUACCUUACAUGGUUCCUUUGCACGCCUACGUCGACACCAACAACCUCCUGGUUCUCAUACUGGCCUACGCUCCCGGGGAAAAACUGUUCGAUUAUAUCCAAAACUACGCCAAGUCCAUACCCAAUACACCAGCAAGAGAACUCAAUCUAGAAAACGUUUUCGCCGAACCAAAGAAAAACAAAAACGAUAACGAUUCAAUCGAUGUUACAGACGCUAACGUUAACAUUGAAGCGAAAAUCGCUAGCAAAUUCGGUGUUAGGGAAAGUAAAAUCGAUUCUAAAACAAAAAUCGAUCAUAAUGUAAAUAUCGAUAAAUAUAAAAGCGAUUCAAGUACUGCAAAUAAAGUCGAUUCUACAGUUAAAAUCGAUGUUUUAGGCGAUAUUAAUGAAAAUGUUGGUAAGACUGAUAGUUUGGAUAGCAUGGAGGUUUCGGAACUGGUGAUGAAUUCGCAGAAGUUGUUACUAAAUGUUGAUAGAGCGUUGACGGAUAUACCGAAAAUAUGUCGGAUGGAUGAGGACGGCGAUAUACAAGUGGUUGAAGAGGAACAGAGAGGGGUGAUACGCAAGCAGACAGAUAAAAGUGAUGAAAGAGUUGAAACGCCGAGCUAUGCGAGGUUGUCUCCUCACUUCCACCGUCGCGACAUCUUGCCUCCGUCGGGCGUGUGCCUGUGGGGCGCUCAGAUCCUCACUGCGCUGGAGAGUCUGCACAACGCGGGCGUCAUUUGCAGAGAUCUGAAUCCGUCAAACAUCCUCCUAGGCGAGCGUGGGCAAAUCAUCCUGACCUACUUCCUGAGCUACCCGGGCAAAGACGUGUUCAUGUCCCGGCUACACACGCACACACACGCACACACGUACAUAGCGCCCGAGCUGCACGAGUGUGUGUGCGUGGAGGACAAAGAUGCCUCUCUGGAGAAAGUGUGCGAUUUCUGGAGUUUUGGUGCCAUCAUGUAUGAACUUAUUUGUGGAUAUCCCCUGUCAACAAUGCACCCGCACCUCUGGAGCCACACCGCCAUACAGUUGCCGGACGGCUUGCCGCUAGAGGCGCGCUCGCUGCUCACACAGUUGCUAACAUAUGACCCUGCGGAGCGUCUGGGCAGCGGCGCGGGCGGCAUCGACGACAUCAAGCAACAUCCAUAUUUUCGGCAUAUAAACUGGACUCAAGUGUAUGACUCUUGGGUAGUGCCCGACUGAACACUGGUUCAUUCGGCAGUUCUGAGCAGUGCACAAGAGGAAAAAGUCUGCCACGGCGACCGAUCUCAUAGCAAACCCUGCUACGCAGGAUAUGUAGUGCGCAAUCAGUGUUAUGUGUGCGCAAACAUAAGUGCAGUAUCAUAGUUUCACAUAGGUGAACUUUCCUCACUCUCAUAGUUUCGUGGGACGGCAAUUCGACACGACCGGAGGGAGAUCAGAGUAGGAAUGACAUCGGGUUUCGUCCAGUUUUUUGUUUGUUAUAUACCAGUUGCUAACAAUGACACUGCGGAGCGGACUUUGAUGAAAAAAAAUUUCAGCCAAUCUCAUAGCACACUACCUAACUACGUUGGACAUAUAGUACACAAGUCUGUGCACUGUUCUUUCACUCUCAUAGUUUGUUGGGGCGGCAAUCCGACACGACCGGUGAGAGAUCAGGCGCAGGACUGUCGAUGGCUCUCGCUUUUCAUGUAAAAGUCCGGGUCAGUUUAUUUUUUCAAUAUGCCUCUGUAACAACACCCGUAGGUACUUUCGGCAUAAUUUGACUUCGGUGUAUGCCUCAUGGGUAGUGCCUGACUGAACCAGUGCACAACACUUAGAAGAAAAAAUUCGGCCUCGGCGACCAAUAUACUUGCACAGAAAACUUAUUUUUGGAAUGGCGCGAAAUAUUCUAGCCAAUCAUAGCGCUCGUCCGUCCGCUAUUGGUUGUUGCUUAAGUCCCAUGUUUUGUAUGAAAUGAACACAUUCCAAUUCCCAUAACAUAGGAAUUUUUUUUUAAUAUAUUGGUUGUUAAAGUGGAAUAUGGAUAAUGCUGUCUUAUACCUAACUAACACACAAAUUAAAUGUAAUCAGUAUUAUAAUAUAUAUUUAGACCAGAAGGUAAUUAGUAAAUAAAAACAAUAUUAUUAUUUAUGACAUAUGUAUUUUAUAUGUAUAAGGUAUGGUAAGUAUUAGGUAUGGAACCGAAUUAUUAUUCCAAUCAUAGUUUUAUUCACUUUACAAAACGUUUUAUAAAUUAACAUAAAUUAUGUCAAAAUUGUACUUAUUUAUGAUUACGAGUGCUAUGUUAUAUUCUAGUCGAUUUUAUUUUUAAAAAUUAACUUAAAUGAUUAUUUAAUUUAAGUACAAAGUGAUAUUAUUUAUCUCUUUAGUCUUAUGAAUUUAAAAAAAAAACGUGCAUGUAAUAAAUUACGCAGCCAUACACUUAGUUUAACGACUGGUUAUUUUCCCUCGCAGGCUUAGAUUUUCUUUCCAAAUUUCUAAAAGAAAUUGUUACUUAAUUGUAGUUCAUAUCAAAAUACUGCUUGUUUGAACAGUUUUUAAUACAUGACAAUGUUAUAUUUUAGAUCUUUCAGAAUCAAUCAAUAAAUGAAUAAAAUUAAAUAGGUAGGAUAGUGGAAAAUUCGUCUAGACUUGUGGGUAGAUAUUUUUAUACAAACGACUAAAUAAUGUAUUAUAUUAUUAUUGUAUUUUACUAUUAGUGCAUUUUAUGAAAUUCCAUAAUAAAAAUUGGAUAUGAAUUAAU